CUCGAUUUCUUCCUUCUCACUGCUCGCCGUCUGUCUACUCCGGCUUCCAAGAAUGGGUUCGAUUGCAACGCCUCCACUGACGGAGAACGGAACAUCGGCGCCGACCUCUGCUGGCGGCAAUUCUAACGUCGAACAAGAGAGUCAAUCUGCCAUCGACGAAAUGCCUUCCUUGCCCGGAAACACGGUUUCUAUGGAAACAGACAGUUUGAAGGAAAGGAGAGGUAGUUCGCUCCCGCUGGAGGUUGGAACUCGGGUCAUGUGCCGCUGGAGAGAUGGCAAGUAUCAUCCCGUGAAGGUUAUUGAAAGGAGGAAGGUUUCGUACUCCGGAGUUAGCGAUUACGAGUAUUAUGUUCAUUACACCGAGUUUAACAGGAGGCUUGAUGAAUGGGUGAAACUUGAUCAGCUUGAUCUGGACUCCGUUGAGGCUGUAGUUGACGAGAAGGUGGAGGAUAAGGUAACAAGCUUAAAAAUGACACGCCAUCAGAAAAGGAAGAUCGAUGAGACCCAUGUUGAGAGUACUUGAAUAUAAUAAGUGAGAUCGCUUUAGACCAAAAGGUGGGCUUCAAAACGGACUAUAAAAAGUCUUUGGUUUGACCCCUAAAGAGGAAGAAGAAGAGAGGGGGAAGACAGAAAGAGGAACGAAGGAAAGAAGAUGGUGAGUGGGUCAUGGAGGUUAGAUAGAUUUAUUUUGUGGAAAAUAAGUUCUUAAUAGAUACAAGUAAGAUAA